AUGUCUAACGAAUCACAUUACCGUUAUCGGGUAACAAAUCGGACCGCAAGCGCGAACGCAAGCACAAAGCGCCUCGGCGCUGGCCCCAGACACUAUAUCAAUAAUCCUGGUCCUCGCGAGAGACUUGCCGCAGCUGCUGGACCUGGCCGAGCGACGAGGGUACCGAACGCUAACAUCGCCUGGGAGCCGGCUUUCAGAGGUCCGGACGCUCAACAGAUUUGGUCAAAUGCGAAAGGCAACACAGCCGGGCGAAGCGAUGAAGUAGAUCGCAAUGAAUCGCCUGGCCACCGCCUCAGCAGCGCUGGCGGGCCAGGAUCUACGAGCAACAGCGCGCCCGUUAAUUUUGCCGGCGCACUCGACAAUUUAGACGGAAGUACGAGAGUUGAUAUGUUUGGCGUACCCGUUGCGGCUCAAGAAGAUCCGGAUGGCCUGCAGGAGCAACGAACGAGCGAGGGCAAGACUCAAGUGGAUUACCUGCGGCAAUUCCAGGAAAGGAACCUCGCACCAGGAUACUCGCAUCUCAUCAUCGCUUUUCGCCAUGCGCCGCCGGUGGACCUUAGAGACUUUUGCUCGUCUUGCGUCCGCCGAAGUCAUUGGAAUAAUCCGUUUCACUUUGUCGGCUGGUGGACCGGCCAGCAUUAUUGUAAAGCCUGGCUGCAGGACGCCGGGGUGGCGAUUCACCUGUGCCCAAAUGCUCCUCCCGGUGAGAGCUGUCCACAGAACCCUGGCCGACAAGUCGCGUUCGACGAGAAGGACGCGGAGCCACCGCCGUCCUACGGUAGCUUUUCUUGGGAUUCUCAAUCUGAUCGCCACGCGGCGGUGAGCGAUCCCGUCGCAAACGAUCCUCUGACUGGAGCUCUACGGCCCGAUGAGCGUGUUCACCUUCCACCUGAGUUCGGCGACAUUGACGAAGGGGAGACGGAAGAUGUUGUGCUGACUGCCGGCCCUGACGGAGACGAUGAAUAUCAGCCUAUAGGGUCACAGGACGAUGGGUACGACGGCCCUCACUCUCAAGACCAAUUCUCGCCCGGGGUGGCGCGGGAAGGAAGUCAAUCGUCUAUUCCUACAAGAGACUGGUACGGUUAUCGAACUCUCGUUGUAACCCAUACCGACGGCAUCCACGGUAUUGGUGUUGGGUUUUGCCGAUGUCAAGGUGCACCUCCCGAGGACCACCAGCUGAUCAAAUACGGUGGUCUAUUCCCGGCGUCUCCGGAUACCCCGUCCAGCGCCUUUACCCUCCAGUUUCUGGAGUAUAGGCAUGUGGACGACGUGAUCUGCAAAACCACGCCGCAAGCUCAUAUGCGGAAGAUCAGGCGCUGCACCGAGCCGGAUGAGUUACGCCUCGCUCCCAACCGAUAUCCGGAGCUGCUGCUGGUCUCGCGUCUGUACACUGCUAUCAAGAAUCUGAUAGAUUUCGGCUUUGCGUCUCGACCCCUGCAGGACUGGCGUGACCCCCCGCCAGGUGGUCUUGUUUGGAAAUGCAUCGUUUGUCCCCGCAAGACGCCAGAUUUCAAUAACCUGCCGAAGGUUUGGCAGACCGAUCCCGAAGAAUGGCGCAAGUUCGUCUCGCUCUGCUACGAUGGUAACUUCAGCGGCGAUCACACAAUCUCUUGGAGACCGGGAAACAAUGUACCGCUCUUUCCGGGCACCGGCAUGUUUGGCCAUCCCGAUGCUAUCGCCGCUUACGAAGUGAAGAGCCUUGACGACAGGGCGCUUCGCCAGAUAUACCCAAAUCUAGGCGUCGGAGUCUGGCAUAUCUACGGCCAUGCGCUCGACUGCUUUCGCCGGUUUUCACCAUCCUAUUCACCGCGCGCUGGUAUCGUGGAUGGCGAAAUUCUAGAGACGCUGUGGUCGCUAUUAAACGGGAUCCUGCAGUCUUGCAGGGGCAUGUCUCUCGCGGCACGAGAGGAGAAGAUCAAUAUGCACAUGAAUGACAUUAACUAUCGCAAGAUCGUGGAAAUGGUCGGCACUUUGGUGAGGAAGUAUCGGAAAUAUACCACCGAACUUCGAGUUCGCCGUCGUCAUUUAUCACGCCUGGAGCUUUCCUGCAGCGAUGAGGAUAUUGAACGGUGGGAGUUAGCGCGGCGCGAUCUGGAGGAGAAACGCGUAAAGGAUCCUCGUUUUGCCGACAAAUUCUGGGAUAGCCCCUUUACUUCAGCAGAGCCGGGAAAGGAGAUAACCAAGGUUCGGUUGCUGGAGGAUGACAAGGACGGGCUUGUCAAAGCAAUCAUAGAGUCGUUGAAACUAGAAGAAGAUAGCCUCCGGAUUCAGGCGCAAGGCAAAGAUUGGGGCUCAUCUGUGGACGAUCGUCGAACAGCUGCGAUUGCUAGGACCAGAUUCGACAAUCGCCGGUCGCGAGCGAACCGACAGCUCGCGAGUUUGCUUGACGUGGACGUUCAAGACGAAGAUCUACUGCCGGCAAAAUUGGCAAGACUUCUUGAUGAAGACGAAUGGUCGGACGACAUUAACACCGCGCACCACCAUCACCUCCGCCCCAAGCCAGAGUUCCGACCAGUCGCCCUACCAUCCGGAUGGCCAUCUAUGCAGCGGGAGAAAGGGCGUUUGAGCGAACAGGGGCGACGAGCCAUGGAUUUUGAGAUAGAAUUGAGAGUCGCCGACAUGAUCGAACGCUUACAAGCAACGAGGGAAGGCUUGUGCGAUCAAGCCCAAGGGUAUCGACUCGCCAUCCGUAACAAGAAGGGCAAGGGCUCCGCGAAUUAUCGCGACCGAACUAACGCUUGGAUCCAUGCCCGACAACAGACGAAGGAUGUCCGAGUACACGCAGCCAUAUAUAACCAUCAUCUGCGUCGCUUACAGCUCUGCUUCUGGGACGACACGCCACAAGCUCUCGCACGCUACGCUACGCUGAGACAGCGAUACAAACCCAUUUUGGCGGAGCACAUCCGCUGCUCCACGGCCACGUACGAAAUGUAUAACGAUGUACGAACACGAGGCAAUUUCGCGCUACCUUGGUUCUGGCGCAUGCAGCACGCCAUUUCGACCAGCGAUACUGGAUCGCCGGGUGGCGGAGAUCAUUCCGUGGAUGACGACGAGACCUUCAUCGGGAACUUUUUCCGCACUCGUUGGAUCAACGCGAAGUGCGCAGUAGUUCGGUGCGAAGAGGAAGAGUUCAUGCUGCAGGGGGAAAUGCAGACAUGUUACCUAGGGUACCUAUCCCUGGCGUAUUCUUGGCGUCGUCGGGGUCGAUUGCUGCCUAUCGCCGAGGGUUCGGCUGACGAGUUUGCUGGUCUACGAGCUCACGCCUUGCAGAAUAUGCACGCGUGGCUUGACCUUGCCGCGCACGCCAGACAGUCUUUCAACGCAGAAGUAUCCGAUAUCAUAACCGAUGAAUUGCAAUGA